CUAAGAACCACUUCGAAUAAUAUUGAGAUUUUUGAUGAACAAAACUAUGAAUCCAAACUAGCGAAAUAUAGAAGAUACGUAGAGAUCCAGACGAUUCAAGGUGAACUUCCAUUACAAUGGGAAACAUUUUUGCUGAACCAGCUGAAAACGACAACCAACCUUCGAGCUUAGGUCAAACUGCUUUAGAAAGAUUGCGGGAUCAGCUAGAGUGUCCAAUCUGCUAUAAAGACUACUCUUCCGUUCCACCAAAUCCACCAAAGAUUCUUCGCUGUGGACACAGUUUUUGUGCUAUAUGUAUCGGAAGGUUGAAAACUUACAACAGCAUAAAAUGUCCCCUUUGUCAAAAACAAACCACCAGUAAUGGAAGAAGAAGGAAUUUACCGGAUAACUUCUUGGCAAAACAAAUCCUUGAAUCAGUCGAUGAAGUGUCAAAAAUAAAUUCUACACACAGACGUUGCAGUACAUGUUCGAGGGAACAGGUGCAGAUAUCCACAAACGAUCAGAGCACAAUGACCAACAAAAAGCCUACUUCUGACAAAUCUACUAUGACAUUACCUGAGACAAACAGGACAUUACAAAGAAUCAAACAGCAAGCACUGAAUUUCAUUAUAUUUCCUUUUGUUUUGCAUGUUUUGUGCUAUUGUAUUGAACAGUUUGUCGAUUUAGUGCAUUUUGUAUCCACGAGCACUUGGCAUUACGAC